AUGGCUUUAACCGCGUCAAAGCUUCGAGCCUCGAUCGUAAUUUUCCUAGCGUUGACACCCCGAGCACUAGCAGCCGACGGUGUUGACUUCUCGAACAAUUUGUUCUCCGACCUAGCCCCUGUGCUGGCUCUGUUUGGGGAGCAAGUCUCCAAACAGUUUCUGUCUCAGUCCUUGACCUGGCUGGAGGAUGUGAUAUUCGCCAUGGCACCAUUGGGUAUCGUAACGGCGAUAGUAAGCGCAGUACGAGCCGGUGGGCCGGGCUGGCUUAAGGCAGUUGUCGGAAGGGCUAGGGAAAGCAGGGCGGUGGCAGAGGUGGAGCUCAUGUCCUCUACUUCGCACGAGGUGUGUGAACUUUGGAAUGGGGAGGCUAUUGUUCGGGUCAUGGGUUCCACAAAGUUUGCCGAGAUUCUUUAUUUCCAGGAUGGAGCGGAUGGAAAGGGUGGAUCCAAGUUUUUUACACUCGAGGCGGCUAAAGAAAAUGGAAUCUUGAUAAACGCUAAAAAAAGGAGGGAGGAUCGCCCAACCCAUGGCGAGGGGACCGUAUUCGCGGGACUGGGUCUGCCCGACAGGAUACUCUCCACUUUCAGGGGCCCCUUCGUACGUUUGGAUCCUGAGGGUGCGUAUACUAGAAACGCCACUGCCGGAAGGGAAUACGAGCUUAGAAGGAGGCACCAGAGGGCUGCACCGACACAUGCCACCCCAACAAGAGAUACUGAUCCUAUCAGCACCCCAAACAUAUCGUUGAACAUCUGUGGAGCCAGAGGACAGGGAGAGUUAUGGGUAUUUGCUAUUCUAGGAAUUGUGCUUCAGUUUGGUUGCUUAAUCUUUAUCGGAGUCACCCGCUAUCACCCCAAGCUAAAUUGGAAGGAGGAGAAAAAUUCGAAAUACGCCUAUCCCCUUAUGGCAUCCGGCACUCUGCUUUUAGUUGUAGGGAUGAUGGCGUGUUCGCGCGUAGUGCAGGCAUCAUCCGAAGAAGAUAUAUGGGUGUCCAAGAGGAGCUUUAGGAUUCUAUGGCUGCAAAAGGGUGAUCGGGUUAAUGAUCAGCUCUUCAAGUCAUAUGCGCUAUUUGGGGACAAGGAACGCGAGGAACUUGUCACAUCUCGCCGUAGACCUCACUCAUCCCCGCGGACCUCAAGUCGUACUAAGCAUGUCAUUGAUGUCAUUCUCUCACUUAGUACUCUGACUAUCGCUGGGGCGUUCAUCGGUAUUGCUGGCUUCGUCGUCCAAUUUGUCGGAAUUCGUGCUCUGCAUUGGUCAGCCUCCAUCGCACAGUUGGUUGUAACAUUGACAAUGACCACUGUGAGAACCUGGAUUCGUCGAAAAAUGUCUAAGCGGCCGAAAGCCAUGAAGCUACCGGUUGAUGAUGAGAUCGAUUGGGUUGCAGUGAGGAUUGGGGCGUCCCAAGAUGCGCUUUGGAAGCCCAAACCCAAUGGGCCGGAAGGUGCUCGCGACAGUGAUCCUACCUGGGAGGUAAUAACCCUCCAUGGGUAUCUCGGAUAUAAGGGUGCUUAUGCGGGGCAUAUCGCGCCUAUAGGAGAAGCACAAGCGAUCCUUGGCUUGCGAAAGGACCUCGGAGAUCUCAUGAGCUGGGAUGAGAUCUCUUAUUCCUUUGCGUCGAAACUAGUCGAGUGCCUUCAAUCUUUGCUAUUCUAUUUUAUAGACUCGGGGGAAAUAGCCCUUGCCAAGACCGUCACACGUCCCGCCGUUCUUCACUGGGCACUGCCGGUCAAAGUCGGUGGGACAGUGCAGUAUAUAACCAUGACUGCCUCAAGGGGGAGUUCGUUCCAAUGGAAUGUGGAUACAUCUGAGCUCUGCGCCGUGAUCUCCCUCUGGUGUUAUGGAGUUAAGUCGAAGGACAUUCAAAAUACCUACAAGUACUGGAGUUAUAGGGCUGACCCUGAGACGGUCUUACGAGUGCUUGGGCCGGCAACUCACCGAUUCGUUAGUGACUGCGAGCGGUGGAUGGAUAGGGGGGGGAGGUUUGCGGUGGUGGAGAAUGCCCGACUAUGGGAGAAUACAAUUGAAGGUCGAGCGACAGAAGUCAACGCGCAGGAGCUCUCCAAGAUAAUUACACGUGUGAGGGACCAUACCGAUCAUACCACCGAUCCCAGUCCCCCGACCGAUGAUAUUGCACCCUAUCGUAUUACGGGGACCAAGCCAAUUAACAUCGACGGAUGCUAUAAAUCCCUCGCUUUCGUAUCUACGGCCCCGCUUAAACAAAUGUGUGCUCAAGAGAUAUUAUCUUCGUUGUUGUGGGCGAUUGUUGGUAUUGUUGGCUCAGUUCCUGACGAUACUCAAUCCCGAAGCGCAACUCCCUCAGGGGAUCAUGAAAGCGAGGUUGACGAACAGCCCGAUCCCACUCCCGAAAACCCUUUUCUCCAAGAGCUAGCCGAAAUAAUCACAAAUUCGGGGGUAACCAGUAACAUCCAGGAUGCAUAUGCACUCAUAAUUCCACCUUUUGCUGCCGCUGAUAAGCUUCCUCGCAGACCUUCCGAUGGGUUUACCCAGGACGAAAUUGAGUCGAUCCGACCCCAACCCACGAGUGAUACCAAUCUACCGUCGUUAUGAUAUACCAUACCAGUUCGGGCUUUCGCUUACUUUACUUUACCUUACUAUACCUCGCCUAUUGUCUUAUGGCUUUUAUUCCGUUUUCCCAAAUUUCUUUUGCCCCGUCUUGUUAUCUAGUGUGAUCCCAAAAGCGAUGUCAGAAUGAGACAUUUCGCGGCUAAGAGUAAUGAUCAAGUCAUGAACCUACGAGUACCGUACCGCAGCAGUCACUACUAGUUGGAAGGGUGAGCGGUGGUCUUGGCAUCGAGUAUUUCGAUCUUCCAAGUGGUGGUGUCACAUUCGCUAUAGUUGUAGAGCACUGGGGUUUAAUUUGAAGUCUCAAUUUAUUCGUCCUAAUUGCCAAUCUCGGCCAAUCUAACUACGCCAGCAUCGCCGCCACAGCACGCACCGCCGACAGCCAGCCAACAUAAAAAGAGGAGGGGGGGGGAAUCGGGAAGGAAA